AUGAGCCAAAUCUGCAAAGCCACCAAUCUAAUAGCAAGAGCAUUAGAUGUGACAAGUACAGCUGAUAGUUUCAAGAGUUGGGAUACAUGUAUGGACAACAAGGUAUGUAAGAUCAUUGCUAUUGUAGGGAUUGCUUUGGCCUCUGUAGUUGUGCUUUGGUUAAUUGGUGGAUUUUUAACUAUGUUUAGACAAGGUGUCACUGGUAUAGGCCAAUUUUUCUGUUGGUGUUGUCACUGUGGUGGUGGUUCAACAAAUGGUAAUUCGAAUUAUCCUCCUCCUGCAAAUGAUAACUAUAUGCAAAAUAGGCCUUAUAUGCCUCCAAAUGCAGUGAUAUAUCAGCCUAUUCAACAUCCACAGACUGCUUAUUAUAAAAACUUAAAAGAUGAUUAUUAUGAAGAAACUACGAAAAGUGGUCCUGAAGUUUAUGAAUUGGAAGAAGAUUUUGAUCUGGAGAAACAGAAAGAAAGGUCGAACAGUAGGAAAUAUAAUAAAAACAAGAAUAAUAAUUCUCGACCUAUGGAAAAUUAUAGUUCAGAAAGAUUCCAAUCGACGAUCUACGAUGAAGAGCCAGAACGUGGGUUAUUAUCAAAUCCAAAUAAUAGCAUUAACGAUAAUUUUAAUUCAAGAGAUUCGUUUAUUACAAGGGCGAUGCAACCAGAUGACUAUCCAUAUGAAAGAUCUUAUUCUCCAGAAAGACACAAUCCACCUAUGAAUCAGCAAUCUCCAGUGAGACAAAAUGAUGUCAUCUCAAAUGGUCAUCAAGAAGGAAACCGUAGCUCUUCACAUAUAUAUAAUCAAAAUGGUCAGGGGAGCGAUAUAAUGAAUUACUAUCAACAUAGCCAACAAAACCUUGCAGAGCAAUAUUCUUCACCAAUACAAAAUCCAUCAAGUCGUGCCAACAAUGGUGGAACUGCUUACACUAAUAGUAAUGCAUAUUCUAACACUAGAGUUCCGUAUCCUCAGGAUGAUAUGCAAUCAUAUAGAGGCAAUAAUCAAUACUAUAAUGGUAGAUAUUAG